AUGCUGGAUGUACCCAACUCUAGGGAACAAAAUAAUCCCAACACUGUUAACGAGCCUAACGAAACCUCUUCUUCACAAGAUAGCAACAAUUCGGAACAAGAUACCAUGCCCCAUCAAGUAAUCGACCAGCCUACACCGGCUAACGAUGUUUAUACCUGUUUGAAACUGCAGGAAUCGUCUUCUACAUCGUCGUCAGAUUCGUUUGUAUUGAAUGAGAACACUAAUACCACAACAACAGCUGUUUGUAUGACGGUGUCUCAUUUGAGACAGUUUAAAUUAGGACCAACAACCAUAGUUGAGUCUAGUACUAGUGUUUCACCGUUAGACACGAUCAAUACAAGCUCAUUGUCUCCCUUAGAGAAAUUAAACACAAAUAUAACUUCUAUACAGACAGGUUCCAAUAGUAUUAGUCCGGCGAAUUCUAAUCCUCUAUCCAAUGAAUCUAUAGAUUCUGCUAGUCCCGUGACCCCUACUUCACCUAUAAAGAAUAAUUCACUCACUCUUGAGCUUCCUUUAAAUAUUUCAAAUUCUUCCAUAAAACGUAAUUCCAAUACACAUUCUCAGAAGGAAAAUAAAAAAUUCAUCUUUGCAUCUAAUCCUACGACUCCAUUACCAUCAUCCUCCAAAUAUAUUACAAAUGUAACACCUUCCAAAUCUACGAGUAUUAAUCCAAGAAGAAAAAGUACAACUUCAGAUUCAACUGUUGGAACCCCUGGUAAACGUACACUGUCUACUACUACAACUUCUUUACCUUCCACUCCAACUUCACAAAGAAGAAGAGCCUCUACUCCAGAUAUAUGUCCUCCAACUUCUCCCAGGAUUAGAACCACUCCAAGGAAAUCUACAGGUGGGACUGUUUAUUUUGCAGAUGAAGAAAACACUUUUUUCAAAUAUAUAGAUUCAAGACCUUCAGACCCACCUUCAUAUGAUAUUACAAAUCCAACCGGAUCCUCGAUCAGGUUUCCGAUUUUUGAAGAUUUAACUCCUGUAUCUAAAUUUCAAAAACCACCAGAUUAUUUACCUACAGUUCAUGAGAUUACUCUUGUAUCAUGUCAAUUUGAAAGUUUAACUCCAUAUGAAAAAUAUCAAAAUAAAUUUUGGAAAAAUUAUAUUAUGGAAAUAAAUUCUACUCAAUUGAAUUUUUUUGAAAUAGAUCAUAAUUUAAUUAAAAUGACAAAUAAUCAAAAUUUAAUUAGAAAUUAUAAUGAUGGUGAAAUUUCAAAUACUCUUCUCAAUACAAUCACAAAUACAAUCACAAAGCCUUCAAUACAAACACCAGCAACAAAUCCACCCACUCAUAAACAUCAUACUCAUGGACUAGCUUUAUUCAAUAAUAAAUACGCAUAUCAUUUCAAUUAUACUGACGUAGAACAAAUCAUUUCUAUGAUUAAAAAAAAUCCUCAAAAAUACUUAACAAAUGAUAGAUUGAUGAAAUCAUUCACUUUACAAUAUGCUAAAGUUGGGUUGGCUAUUGAACAACCUAAAACUUCAUACAUCUUAAGAUUACGUUGUGAACAAGAGCAAUUCAUUGUUUGGUUCACCACAAUAGAUGAAUUAAUCAAUUGGUCUACUUUCAUUAGUAUGGGGAUCUCAGUAUCUUUAGAUUUAAAUGAAAGAGAAUUACCAAAAUAUAGAGUGGUCCCCGGAAGAAGAAGACGUGAUAGAAGACAUAGUUCUACAUCAAGGAAUUAUCGUCAUAGAUCAAACUCUUAUUCUUCCUCGACAACCGCUAAUAGAAAUAAUGGAGAUGAUGCUAACGAUACUCAUGAUCAUAUUUUGGUAGAGUCAAAUAUCUCAUCUCGUUCUUCAAGUAUUAGUGGCAGUGCCACCACUACUACUAAUAAUAAUACUAACGCAGAGUUAGGUAGAUCAAAUUCAAGAUCAAGCAAUUAUAAUAGUCAUCGUUCUCAGAACUUGAAAUCGUUAAAUUCUUUCACCAGCACAAGAGAUUCUAACCCUUCAAGAAGAAGGAAAUCUACUGGUGAUCAAAAAUUAGCUUUUAGUUUUAAACUCAAGUUAAAAAGUUUUUUCGGUACUUCAACAGAAUCCUUCCAAACUUCAACUUCAACUUUAACUUCUGCUUCAGCUUCAACUAAAAAUUUAACUCCUCCAGUUGCAAAGCAAAUUAACCCAAAGAAUGAAUCACCUGCUCUUGUUUCUUCUUCACCUAAGAAGGUAAAAAAUUCUGGAAUAAAUAUUAAUAAUCCAUUCCAAUCAUCCAAAGAACUGAAUUCUGUUGUAGAAGAAGAAGAAGAAUUGGAAGUUGAAGGACAUGAGCCAGAACUUGAUGAAGAUGAUGGUUCCAUCUUAGCACCACUACCUCCUUCAACAUCUAAGUUGAAUUUGAAUUCGAGUGUUAUUCCCAAGAAUAGAGCUAGAUCUUCUUCUUUACCAUUAGAUUCUAGAAGAUCUUUAAUCUCUAGAGGUUCCCCCACAAUCGCAACUUCAAAUAAAAUUCCUUCAAAUGUUAAUCCGAUGACAAACCCAUUUUUCAAUGGAAGUACAUCGUCUAAUAAUUCAACUAUUAACUCAAACGUUUUAAAUUCGACGUCUACUGAUUUGUGUCGUCAAUCUUCUAUUCCAUCAGUAACAGUAUCUAAAGCUACUGGUCAAACUAUAACUGGAACAUCAAAUUCGACUCUAUUUUUAAAUAAUGGGAAUUUGAAUGUAUCAAAAUCUCGAUCCAAUUCUAUUUCAGCAGUAUUAUUUAAUGAUGCGACUAUUAAUAGUCCAGAUGCAAGUAAUUUGAGUAUUUCAAGAUAUAAUUCAAAUGUUUCAACUGAUUCUUUUAUUGUGAAUGAUAAUACAUUAGAUUUAGAAGAAAAUGAUUUAAGCGAACCAGGUGAAUCAUUAUCAAAUUUUAUAUCUAAUUUGUCAAAUGAAAGUAUCGAUACCGUAACAAAUUUUAGUAAUCUUUCACAACCCCCAUCAAAUACAGAAACAAAUUGCAAUUUGGAUACAAUAAAUCAAAGUCAAGUUCAACUUUCAUUAUCGAGAGGUACAACUAGUUUAAGAAAAGUUACUUCUAUUGAUGAUGCCUUCGAUUAUGAUUUGUCAGAUCAAAGAAAUAUGCUACAUCUAACCGAGUCGAUUGAUAGUAGAUAUGGUGGUGAUCUAUUUGAAUCUGACUUUAGAACAACAACAGCAACAGUUCCAAUUUCAAGGUUAAACUCAAAUAAUGAAAAUAAUGAUCACAAUACCAAUUCUAUUUACUUAAGAGAAGGGUUUUAUGAUAGUGAAGAAGAUGAUUAUAUAUAUAUAGAAAGAUUGAACCGUCGGCAAGGCUCUAUACCUAGAUCCGUUAGUGGUACUAAUAUCCCUUAUGGCUCUGAUGAAGUUAAAUGGAACCCUCCAAUUAAAGAAGUAUCUCGUAAAAGAUUUAUAAAAGAUUCUUUAAGAUGUUUACGAAGCAUGCCACCUGAUCACAGAUAUUUAGGUAAAUUGGUUUGUAAAUCAGUUCCACCUCCGAGGUACGAAACUAAUAAUAAAGCGAUCCCUUGUGGGUUAAGUUAUUUUACCAAUACAUCAGUUGAUGGGAAAGGUAAUCAAAUUGACUCCAAUAAAUCUAAAAGAAAUCAUUAUGUUAAAACUUAUACUGUAGGCCCAUCAGGAUUACUAAAGCCAAGCAUCAAAUACACGCAAUCAUUAAUAUGA